AUGUCGCGAAAACGUAAAUUAUCAAAUCUCAAGGAGAGAUGUCGUAUCUGCCUCGUUGAUGAUGGUUGUAUGAGUGUCCUUUUUGACGAAGUCCUUCGACCAAAAGUGAAUGAUCUGAUCAAGUGUACCUCAAUCGAUAUUAAACCCGAAGAUGGGUUGCCAAACAUCAUUUGUCACGUGUGUCUGUACAAGUUGGAUCUGUGGAAUGAGUUCAAAGAACAAUUUAUACGUUCAAACCAAAUGUUACUGAAUCACUUAGGCAUUGUAGAAACCUCUGAAAAUGCGAGUACGGAACCCAAAGUCACAGGUGACGAUUUACAACAAUGUGAUGGACAAGAUGGUCUUUCAGAUACUUCUGAGAAGAAGAAACCAAAAACAGAAGUGCCACCAUUGAUACCAUUAGAGUUUACACAUGCAGACUCUGUAAAGGUUGAAACAACGCUUAAAAAAACAUAUAUGUCUGAAGAUGAUGUUACAUCUUCAAAGGACUCUUCGAAGAAAACUCAGGAUGCUUGUAAUAAUGAUAAUCGUAAAAAUGAAGAACCCGUAAAUGAAGGUAGUGUUCAAAUAAAACCAACAUUGGUUCCAAUAAAGGUAAAGAUGCUAACUGGGAAACGCGGUAGAACGACAGAAGAAAGAAAAGCAUCAACUAAAAGAUGGGUUGCCAGAAAGAGGGCCCUUUUGGCAGCUACAGGAGAAAGUGUUUCAGAUACAGAUUCCAUGGCAUCAGAUGAUACUCAGUUGUCACCAGUGCAAAAGGCACGAGCGAAAACAAUUUUGGAUAAGGAUAGUGAGAAACAAAAAAGAAUGUCCUUGGCCUUAAUGCAACUAGAAACUAAUAUGUCAGAUAAAUAUGGUCUUGAACAUGAAAUGAAUGAUUUUAUGUGCAUAGACACAGAUUCAGAUACACGAAAAACAAAGUCAUUGAAAGAUAUAAAUUCUGAUGUUUCCUUAACUGAAAGUAAAAGCACUUCUAUGAAGGAUUCUAUUGAACAAGAUGAAGUAAAAAAAGACAAAUUUCCUGAAGAAGAUUUACAAGUAAAAGAAAGUUCUUCAUUGCUACUGCUUAAAAAUACAGUUGCAGAGACAUCACCAAGGAAGAGCGACGUAGAAAUUAUAGAAGAUACAUUCACUCCAUGUUCAGUAAAAUCAGAAUUAGAAGUUGGUGAUGCUACAUACAUAGUUACUUCCACUUUGAUGCUUUCGGAACCAUUGAGUAAAACAAGUUCGAUCAGUUUGUUAAAACACCAGAAAGACAAUAAUUUUGAACAGAAUUCACAAGAAAAGAAUACUGAUAUUAUUGAUGCAGUACAGCUUCGUCGAAUAAAUCCUGUUCCAACUGAUUCUAGCGAUAAGAAAUGUAUUGAACGAUGUUUAAACAUAGAAGUGGAGGGAACAGAAAUAGAAGCUUUAAAGCGUGUACAAGUUGAGAUAGCAGGUUUCGUAGAGAAAGAAAUGAAGCACAGAUUAUUUGGAGUAACUAGUAAUACAAACGAAGAUGAAAGAGGAAAUGGUUGCAGGAAUUCGUAUCAAACUUUGGAUCAACAGCUUAAAAGUAUAAUAGAAAAGACUAUAAAGAAAAAUUUUGAAUCUUCUUUGGUGAGGAGUUGUGGCUCAGAACCUAAUUCACCUAAAUUGAAAUCUGGAAGAGUUUCACCUAGAUUUCUGAAAGAAAUGGUAAAUUCGAAAAAGUAUCAGCCGAAAGUUGUAUUAAAACGUUUAGAUGUGGCCAAGGAAAAUAAAAAUCGGAAUAUUAAUAAUAGUCACGUUAUAACUAAGCGCAAUGUUAAAAAUAAACUUGGUGGACCGUUUAGCAUGGUUUCUCAUAAACGACAAAGCGUGCUGCCAAUCAGAUAUAAUGAUUACAAUACUUCUGCAUUAGAUUCUGACUCUAAUUUGUCAGAUGAAAUAGAAAUAUGUGAAGUAUCCAAAAUAAAAAAUGAUCAUAAUGUACCCAAAUCAGAAAGUAUAAAAAACCAAGCUAUUAGUACAAUAAAUCAAGAAGAAGGAUCUAAAGCAGACUCUAAUGGCACUAUAACUGAAUCUGUUAUGAAAAACGAAUUACAAGUAGAAAAUCAAGAAAAUGUUUUUAAUGUAAAUUUACCUCUUGGUGAAAAACAUAUAUGUGGCGUAUGUGAGCAGUCGUUCAACAGCCGCAGUGAGGUUGCAGCUCAUGUUCGAAUGCAUAAAACAGAAUCUCCCGCUACACCACGACAGAAUAAACAUAAAAUGAUGAGAUGCAAAAGAUGCCAUGAAAUAGUUGAAGCUAGAUUUGUAAAAGCUCAUGUAUGUAAAUCCAUGAAACAGCAAGUCCACAAAUGUUAUGUAUGUAAUUCAACGUUUAGAACAGAAAAGCUUCUUGUUCGUCAUUUAGAAAGUCACGAUCAGUCCGAAUUUAAUAUAGAAAAUAUAACGAAAGGGGAAAUUCAAAAGUUAUCCCACACGAAUCCUUCACAAAAUUCUAAAGAAGUGAUAUACUUAAAGUCUGAAAAAUCUCAACUUUCGAAGGCAGAAAAUAUGUUUGUAAAAUCAGACAAUUUUAACUUAGAAGUAGGGAAUGUUCAGGUAGUAACCAAAGGAUUAAAAGGGGAUAGUGUGCAAAGAUUAGUAAAGCCAAAGGAGACAUAUACUUGUUUCGUAUGUGAUAAAAUAUUUACAGAUGAAGAAAUACUGAAAGAUCAUUUACAAAAGCAUUGUGAUGAUAUAAGUGAAGAUGAUCAGAGCACUGGUAAAGAACAAUAUCAGUGUGCAAUUUGUGGUGAUUCCUUGGACUCUGAAGAUGCACUCGAGGCUCAUGUAGAGAAACAUUUGUUUGAUGAGGAAGAUGAUAAUCCCAAUCUUAUUAAUAUUGCUAAUGAAACUGAGAAAACGACUGAUGAUCCGUAUCACUGUCUGCAAUGUGCAGAAUCGUUUAAUUCAGAAAUGUUACUAGAAAUGCAUAUGCAGGCUCAUGAAGAAGAAGCUGCAAUAGCAGAAUGGGAGAAGCAAGGAAUAAAGGCAUAUGAGUACCAGUGUAUGAUUUGCGAUGAACUUUUUGAAACUGAGGAAGAGUUAUCUGAACAUUUAGAUAUAGAUCAUGGCAAUGCAUAUGUUUGUCAAUUAUGCGAAAAGCCAUUUGCAAGUCUUGAAGAUUUACAAAAGCAUGUUGCAACGCAUUGAUGUGAUUAAUGAUUGUUCUUACAAUAUUCUUUUAACCUGUUAACCGGGGAAGAAGAGCUAACUCUGCAUAUAUAUUCAACUAUGUUUCUCAAAAAUUAGUUUUCUUAUUUAUUUAUGCAGAAUUUUACAUUCGGUUACAUUAUAAUAUUUGUAGCAGCGAAAAUUAGGUUGCACUUAUUCUU